CCUUGGCGCGCACGGUCCCCUAAUAUAAAAUAGGUACCUAGCGCUAAACUUUACUGUGUACUGCAUAGAACUUUAAACUUUCAGUGUCCCAACGCGUCUGACGUAACCGAGACGCGUUUAACUGCCGAUUCCUCCCCCCUAAAAUUAUACAAGUCCUAAAAUUUAGACGGAACACCAUAAUCGGUCAUGGCGGAUAAUUCCGAGGAAGAGGUGCGAGAGCAACUAAAAGCUGCACUAUGGUUCGCUGUGGGGAAGAUGGUUGACGAAGAGACCCUGAGAAGAAACAGAAAUGUCACUCCCCAGUUUAUCGGCGCUUUGACAGAGAUGGUCUGGGCUCAAAUAGAAAACGUUGCGUUGGAUCUAGAGAACUUUAGUCGCCAUGCAGGACGCACUACCAUCAACACAGACGAUGUCCUUUUACUUGCCAGGCGAAAUCAAGAUCUCCAUGCCAUUAUCAAAGAUUUCGUGGACAAGCAAAAGGCUUCCAAGGCAAAGGGCAAAUCGAAAAGAUGAGACCAUCUCUUAUAUCCACAAAGGGUUAAGGUCUAGUGAUAAUUCUUAUUCGCAUAUUAGCCCAAGACAUAAAGAGGUGUGCUUAGGCUAUGAUCCCUUGAUAUCAGACCUAACUACAUGUUUACCUCCUAACAUGAGUGGUUGGAUGUCAGUAAGCAAUUGUGUAAUCAUCUACUCGGUUACCCGGGAUGAGAAUUGCAGCAAGAGGAAGGGCACGGCGGGGACGCCUACAUAGGCAGAUUUCUAGAAGAACUAGAUUUCAUCGCAACAGAUACCCGCGAGUUUUCUCCAUGUCGUCUAUCAGAAUUACGUCCCUGUUAUAAUGAGAUAAUGCCUAAUGUCUCUCAUAGGUACUAACGACAGUAUUAAUAGAAAUAUCAUGCAUAACAAUAUCGUGUGGAUCUACCUUGUUGGAUAUUUCUGUCGCCCAGACUGUGUCGCCUACUUUGCGGAUGAUGGGCCCCGUAAGCGAAGAGUACUUCUAGAGGCGUACGUUGCGUUUUUUUUUAAUAAGAGAAGGAACUUCCUCAGCACAACACUCGUCACAAUCCCAGACAUACCUUAUAUUUUGGCCAGACCGGUCUUGUGUUCAGCAGUCACAUGUUACAUGCCCUAUAUAAUAUUAUCACUGAAAAUAAAACAAUCUUCUGUAGCUACAGAAGGGGCAUUCUUGUUAAGAAGCCAAAGAUUAUUAAAAUACCUGCAUUGGAUUAAGAUAUAUCUGUCUUUCUUUUCCCG